GCUGGAGAUUUCAGCAACAGCGCUCCUCCUUCACCUCCUCUCGCGCUUUGAGCAAGCUGAGCUCAAGAAUUGAUCAUGCAACUGGUGAUGCAGAAGCGAAUCUGACAUUCACCAUACGUUGCUGCACAAGGGGUUGGACCGACUCCAGAGCGCUUUCCCAGCAAAUCGGUGCUCUAGCUAGCAUAAGCGUAGGCUGUAGGCUGUAGGCUGGAUGAUUCAGAAUGAUACAUAGCAUAGGCAACACCAUAUUCAAAUUCAGCUGACGCAAUUACAGCACAGCACCAUGAUUCAUCCCAUCAUACUACAAUUUUUGCACAAAUUUUUGCGAUCUGAAUUGCUCUCGCCGUAUGGAACUUGCGUUCAUUUUCUUUUAACAUUCCACAAAUCGUACCUCUAAAGCAUAAGCAGUGUUAAGUACCUCCCAAUGGCUACAGAGACACCAGAACAAAUCAAAGGAAAGGUCCUCAAAUCCCUCGAGACAACCCGAUUUGCAGUAAGCUCGCUUGAAUCACUGUCCGGCGGCGUGGGUAAUUUCCUGUUCCGUGCACGCUUAACCACACCGCUCGAAGACGGUACGACAGAAGUCGCAGUCAAGCAUGGAGAAGACUAUAUUGCAACACAUCCCCAAAAUGAACUAACCCUGGAUCGCUGUAAAGUCGAAGUGGAAUGUUUGAAUGCCCUGGCGGAUUUCCGCGUCAGUGGUGCACAAGAUUCCGUCCAGUACGUCGUUAGGACACCAAAAUGCUACUUCUAUGAUGAGAAGUCGCAUACACAAAUACUUGAGUAUAUGCCCAGCGGCAUCGAUCUCAAAAAUUAUGUUCUCAAAAACUUCGCCUCGCCCACACCAGAGGCACAUCGUGCGCAGUUUCAUCAGCUGGGAAAGCAGCUUGCGCGGUGGAUCAUUGGGUUUCAUGAGAAGACCGGCAAAGAAGCACGAGAUGCCCAGGUGGAAGGCGAGAAGUCUCAGCUUUAUGCUGAACUAGAGGCUUGCCAGUGGAUGCAAAAUCUUAAACAUACGAUAAACUACGACUGGUUGGUUGACCGUAUUAAGACGUAUCCUGACAUUUUGGAGGAAGCAAGAGAGGUGUUCGAGGACUUUAGGAAUGCUGCAAAGGAGGAGUUAAAAGGAGAGGUAAUGCCAAUCCAUGGCGACUUUUGGACAGGAAACAUCGUGAUUGGCAAUUUGCCUGUUCAGAAAGACGACGAGAUCCCCGUGUUCGUUAUUGAUUGGGAAAUGGCACAACUCGGUGUCCACAGCUUAGACUUUGGUCAGAUGCUAGGAGAGAUGUAUGCACUGUGGGUAUACCGGAGGAGCGAAACCGGGUUGUGGCUUUUGGAGGGCUUCUGUGAAGGGCUUCAUCUCAAAGAUGAGAAAGUAGCCUUCCGCACUGCAGCGCAACUAGGAUGCCAUCUCGUCGCAUUCGACUCAGUGAUUCCGACAUGGGGAACGCCGGAGCAGGGCAAAGAAUGUGCUCGUGUAGGCCGCGAUCUCAUUGUACAUGCGUGGAAACGCGAUCGCCUCUGGUUCGAACAGAGUGACCUAGCAUGUCUUUUUGCUCAUUUGAUAUAACCGAAAUUUCAAUACAGAUGAUGGCUACUAUUUUCAUGUAGCACAGACAUAACAGUCGGCAUGAGUUGUGACAUUUUCCCACGAACCCCAAAAAGUCUUGGAAAACGAAUGAAGCACAGGAUCUUCUCUUGUGAGUGAAUAUCAAUAUUGAUGUAGACAUUUAGUCGUGAG